AUGGCGAGACUCCCCAGCAUCAUCGCCAUGAUUUCGGCUCUCUCCCUCAUGGCGCCAGCUCUGGCAACUAUACACUAUGUCAUGCCAAACUACACUUGGCAGCUCAACCAUACGAUCAGUUCCGGCCCGGGAGGGGGACUUCCUCUUCCGCAGCUCCCAGUCAACAGUUCAACCUCUACACCGGUCUCCAACCCAAUCACGAACUCGACCUCAAACUUCUACACGUCCUCCCCAUUCUCGUAUUACAACUACAACCAGGAACGUAUCAAAGUCCGCCCCGAAGGCUGGCAAGGCCCUGCUGUGACCUAUGACAACAACUCACUCAGCGUUUAUGGCGAGCGGAUCAUGCUGUACAGCGGAGAAUUCCACUAUUUCCGACUGCCACGGUCCCCCGAGCUGUGGUGCGAUGUGCUGGUCAAGAUCAAAGCCAUGGGCUUCAAUGCCGUCAGUAUUUAUGUCCCCUGGAUGAUGUUGGAGCCACUGAGGGGAGAGUGGGACGAGGUUGGUUGGUUUGAUUUGGACUUGUUUAUAGGAUUCGCUCAGACGAAUGGCUUAUAUGUCAUUGCCCGGCCAGGGCCUUACAUCAAUGGCGAAGUCACUGGAGGCGGCUUGCCGGGGUGGCUGCAGAGAACCACGCCCACUCUACGAACUGCCGACCUCGAGUUUCUACAGGCUGCUGAAAACUAUGUCGUCAGGGUUGCCAAUCUCAUGGCCAAAUGGCAAGUCGACAACGGAGGACCGGUCAUUCUCUAUCAGGUAGAGAAUGAAUACACCAUGUCCACCGACAGCUACAAAGGAUUUCCUGACAACGGAUAUAUGCAAUGGCUCAUCGAGAAGGCAAAGAACGCGAGCAUCACUAUUCCCAUCAUCAACAACGACGCUUGGCCCGCCGGAAACAGUCGCCCCGGUAUCGGUGUGGGCGAAGUUGAUAUCUACGGUCAUGAUCUUUAUCCCUUUGGUCUUGACUGUUCGGCGAAGGAUUGGCCAGAGAAUGCUACCUACACAGAUCUUUGGUCGAAGCAUAUCGGCAUGAGUCCAGGAACCCCCUACACAAUCCCUGAGGGCGGUGCUUAUGACACCUGGGGGUCUGUGGGAUAUGAUGAGUGCGUGAAGCUGUUCGACGACGUGCAGGCUCGCGUGCUCUUCAAGAACAGCUAUGCGGCCGGUGUGAAGGUUUUCAACGUCUACAUGAUCUUUGGCGGAACAAACUGGGGUAACUUGGGAGAUCCCUAUGUCUACACCAGUUAUGACUAUGGAGCGGCAAUUGCUGAAGACCGCACCAUUGGCCGACCCAAAUACUCUGAGCUCAAGCUUCAAGCCAACUUUUUCAAAGUCUCUCCAGGGUACUUGGCAGCAAUGCCAUUCGAAAACAUGACCGAAGGCAUAGUUGGGUUUCAGAUGAAUUCCACAGACGACAAGCUUGUUGCAACUCAGCUCACCGGCGACUUCGGCACAUUCUACGUUAUCCGUCACCGUGACUAUCGUCAGACUGACGACGUUGCCUUCACUCUCAAGCUACCCACAGCCUCCGGGAGGUGGCAUCUGCCGGCAAAAUCAGCCAACUUUGUGUUGUCUGGUCGCGACUCCAAGCUACUCGUCACGGACUACCCUUUCGGCGGGUUCUUUAUGACUUACUGCUCGGCAGAAAUUCUCACCUGGAACAGCUACAACAAGACAACCAUUGUGAUCUACGGAAAUAUUGGCGAGUAUCAUGAGCUUCGCUUCACCCACCCCUGGACAGACCCCAUCCUUGAAAGCAGCGGUGUCAAUCUUUUCGCUGACAUAAAUACGACUGCCGCUCAGUGGACAAUCGGUCCAGAUAGACAAUGGGCAGUGAUCAACAAUUAUGUGUAUAUGCACUUUGAAAAUCGAAAAUCUGCCUACAAAUACUGGACGGUGGAUUUGGUCCCAGCGUACUCCGAGGGGGCAUCAUCGAUCAUUGUUUACGGCGGUUAUCUGAUCCGUUCAGCAGCCGAGACUUGGCUUGAGGGCGGGAUCACCACGGGCCUGAUCCUGAUGGGUGAUUUCAACGAGACAACCACACUCGAGAUCAUGAACGUUCCACUCCUCGCUCGAACGCUCACUGUGAAUUCCGACCCAGUGAAUUACACAGUUAAUGAGCAUGGUAACUGGGUAGUCACAAUUGACUACAAGUCUGCCGACAAUACUGGCACGCCGGAUCUCGUCACUGGAAUAGAGUGGAAUUACCGUGACUGUCUGCCUGAGAUCCAGUCGGAUUACAACGAUUCUGGCUGGCUUCGAUCAGUUCUCAUGACCAACAACACCGACACUGCCCCUGCAUACACACCCACCUCUCUUUACGGUUCCGACUAUGGAUUUCACACCGGAGUGCUCCUCUUCAGAGGUCACUUCCAGGCGGCAAGGGUGAAGGCGGCCUUGAACUUGUACACCCAGGGCGGCCCGGGAUUUGCAGUUUCUGUCUGGCUCAACGACCAAUUCCUUUACAGUUUUGACGGCAAUCUCGGCACCGAGGGCAACGAUACGCUGUACUAUCUUCCUGACUUGGAGGUGAACUACGACAACCUGGUCAACUACAACCUCACUGUCCUUGUCGACAACAUGGGCUUGGAGGAGAACCUGAUAGUAGGGGCAAACCGCAUGAAGUCGCCGCGUGGUAUCAUGAACUACGGUAUAUUUGACGAAACUGUGCACAAUAUCGUCAUGGCCAUUGACUGGAAGCUGACGGGCAACUGGAAGGGGGAGUAUUAUGCAGACAAGGUGAGGGGCCCUCUGAACGAAGGGGGUCUGUUUGCUGAGAGAAUGGGCUACCACCUUCCGGGAGCUCCGCUGUCUGGAGAUACCUCGAAGAAUCCAUUCAAGGACGGACUCGACAAGCCAGGUGUUGGGUUUUGGUCUGCGAAGUUGACGAUCAACUGGGACAGAAUAUACGAUACGCCACUGAGCUUUGUGUUUCAGGAGACGGACGAGAGCAAGAGGGCGGCGAAUGGCUGCCGGGCAUGGCUUUAUGUCAAUGGCUAUCAGUUUGGGAGGUAUAUUCCUAAGUUUGGACCUCAGAACGAGUUCCAUGUGCCGGAUGGGAUUAUUUACACGAAUGGGACGGAGAAUCAUAUUGCCAUUGCGAUGUGGGCGCCGAAUGAAGGAGGGGCGAAGUUGCCGUGGCUGACUUUGAAGAGUGGGCAUCCGGUUAGGUCGACGAGGAUUUGGCCGGGGGAUAUGAAUUCGUUUGUGGCGGAGAGUUAUUAUGACGGGAGAGAGGGGUCGUAUUGA